GUCUGCCGUUCAAGAAGGACGUAUUCGCCAUGCCAGACACACGCGAAGCUGCCCUUACGCGCCUACAGUCUUUAAUGCGCAAGUUUGUUAAAGAUCACGCGUACGCAGAUCGCUACCGAAUGGAGGUAAACAAACUGUUUGCCGCUGGCUACGCACGUGAGCUCAAGGAAAAUGAACUUUCGGCCGACCGCAUAUGGUAUCUCCCGCACUUCGGAAUUCAGAACCCCAACAAACCUGGACGUUCACCGUAGUGGCGUGGAGUGGAACGACCACAUCCGACCGGAGGAGCACGCGCGCUGGGUAAGGUGGCUCGACGAGCUUAAACUACUAGCGUCGCUGCGCAUCCCUCGACACUACGCGGCCGCGGGGCCAUGGACGCCGUGCUACGAUGAUUCGGCGGAUGGGGUAAGUGACCCCACCAUCAUACAUACCGAAUUACAUGCAUUUUGCGAUGCCAGUAGUAAGGCAUAUGCCGCUGUUGUUUAUUGGCGCUUUGUUCGCUCAGAUGGAACUAUAAAUGUAUGUUUUGUGGCGAGUAAAAGCAGAGUGACUCAACUUCGUCCGGUCUCUAUACCGAGGCUAGAGCUUCAAGGUUGCUUGCUCUCUGCUCGUCUGGCCGCCACAAUACAGAGCGAACACAAAGACAUUAAGCCAAACAAGCGAUAUUUCUGGACGGAUUCAAAUACCGCCCUCCAGUGGAUUCGCAGUGACCCUAGAGAUUUUAAACCAUACGUCGCUCACCGCCUCGGUGAGAUUGACGAGUUGACCAGUGCGUCAGAGUGGCGUUACGUCCCCACGUCCUUGAACGUAGCCGACGUAGCCACUCGUGAGGACGCGCCACCACUGCAGUACGAUGACGUAUGGUUCCAGGGGCCAAACUUCUUGCGUGAACGCGAAGGUGAGUGGCCCAAGGAUCUCAAGAGCUCCAAGCAGCUUGAGGAAGCUAUUUGCGAACGUAAGGUCAUUAAUGUUGUAUCCUCAGCCGACUGUACUAGUACGUUGCCGGUACCUAACGAAAAUUACUUUUCGUCGUGGAUUCGAUUACUUAUGACUACUGCACGGGUAUUGUUGUUUAUUAAAAAAUGUCAGCAUAAAUGCGAUCGAAUCGACACCGAACUGUUACAAUCGGCAGAGGACUUGUUGAUUAAAAAAUGUCAACAUGAUUCAUUUCUUACAGAAAUUGCCUGUUUAAGGAACAAUAAGCCGUUAUCGAAAGAUAGCCGACUGCUACAGUUAACGCCCUAUCUCGACGAUGCGGGCCUACUACGUGUAGAGGGCCGUAUCGACAAGACUGUUGGAGUCAAUGAGUCUACGAAGAGACCAGUGAUUCUUGAUGGCAAGCAUCGAAUCACCAGACUGCUCGUAGAACACUACCACAGGCGAGCACUGCACAGAGCUCAAGAACUGGUAGUUAAUGAGCUAAGGCAGCGCUAUUGGAUUCUGCAACUGCGACCAACUGUACGCGCAGUCGCAGCCCAUUGUCUGCUGUGCAGAUAUCGUCGCGCCACGCCGCAGCCGCAGCGUAUGGGCGACCUGCCCGCAGCACGGCUGCAGCACAACCGUCGUCCGUUCUCGUUCACCGGGGUCGACUUUUUCGGCCCCAUGGAGGUAACCGUAGGUCGUGGUAGGCAGAAACGGUAUGGAAUGUUAUUCACAUGUCUGACCAUUCGAGCCGUACAUGUCGAAAUAACGGAAAACCUUACCACUGACUCUACCAUAAUGGGUUUGAGACGGAUGAUAGCACGCAGAGGUACCCCUACCAUGAUAUACUGCGAUAAUGGGACCAAUCUUAGAGGUGCCCACAUGGAAUUGAAACGCAGUAUCGCUGAACUAGACAGCGAUGCCCUGCGCAAUGAUGGACUCGUGAGAGGAAUUGAGUGGAAAUUUAUUCCCCCGGGCGCCCCAGAGAUGGCUGGCGCGUGGGAACGAAUGGUGCGUACUUUUAAAUCAUCCCUCCGAGCUGUACUCAAGGAGCGCGCCCCACGGCCAGAGACCCUUUCAACAUUGAUGGCUGAAGUUGAAGCCCUCGUCAACAGCCGUCCUAUCACGUACGUAUCGGUAGAUCCUAACUAUCCUGAAGCUCUGACCCCCAAUCACUUCUUGAUUGGUACGUCCUCAAAUGGACCAGCGUUUGGUAAGUACGACAAUGGCGACCUCCAGUUAAGACGUCAGUGGCGGAUAGCGCAACGUCUAACUGAUAUGUUUUGGGCACGUUGGCUCAAGGAGUAUUUGCCAACACUUCUUCCGCGACAAAAAUGGACGCGCGAAAAUCGCUCCUUACAGGUAGGAGAUUAUGUAAUUAUAGUCGAACCUAACUUAGAACGUGGAUCAUGGCGGCACGGAAUAGUGAGUGCGACACACGUUGGUAAUGAUGGGCGUACUCGCGUUGUUGACGUCCGUACGCGCACGGGCAUUUUACGCCGCCCCGUCACACGCGUCGCCUUACUUGCACCAGAGAUGGCUCGUGAUGACUAGUCAUCACUAAGGGGGUGGGAUUGUAGGCGACGCAUAUAUGUUUUAUGUGAACUGUACGUUAGGAUUUAUUUAUUAAGUUUGUUUACUUAUUUUGGUACAUGUAACGCCAUCUAGAUUAAAACUUUGGAAUUAAAGCUACAUAAAAACAAUGGUGGGUAGCGAGCCCAAGUCAUGCGCUGCACCUAAGUAAAAUGAAGGUAGUUGUACAUUUCGCGAACUGAGACCCGCCGCGUUGACUCCUCGCUCGUACCACGGUUUUUGGCAUCGUAUUUUGGAAA